AUGGAGUUCUUUACCGGAGCGAGCGUGGUCCGCCUGGUGAGCUUCUAUGGCAUGUACCUCAUGGCGAACGAGGACGAGAAGCACGUGAGGCUAAGCAAGCCGGACGCCUCUGACAACGCCUUGUGGAACGUCGAAAUCGUCAACAGAGACCGAAACUAUCCCCGUGUCCGGUUGAGGAGCUACGUGAACUGCUACCUCGCCCCCGACGCUUCGAAGCGCCGCUGCUUCCACGGCAUUUUCAAAGAUCAGAACGUGUUCCAGGAGCACCGUGACGGCCGCAGUAUCUUGGCGGAGUGGCAUCCCGUCCGAGAGGGCCUCUUCGUCCAGCUCAGAUGCUCAUUCGGGGACUACCUCCGAGGGAGAGUUGGCCACCUGAUAUUCCCCAAUUCGGUGAUGGUCGACAGGCCAUCAGGUGAACACAUGGGACUCUCCUAUCUGUGGGAGGUACAUCUCAUCCGGUUGGACGAGCCCCCUCCUCGCCGACCCCUGUCCCAAGCAGCAGAACCAUCCGGUGCUUCCUCCUCCAUGGCAGCCAUCCCUUCCUCAUCGGAGAUUGUACCUGCAGCAGUUUCCAUGGCAGGUGAAGCAUUCACCUCCGCCAUGGCAGCCGGUCCCUCCUCCUCUACCGUAUCACCCCCGUCUGGAUUCCGGGCGGAGGACCGGGCUUUCAUCUAUGUCAUCGCCGACGACGCUGGAAAGGCAGAUGAUCCGCAGGAAGUUCUUACCUCGAGAUUGUUAGGAACCAGCACGUCUGAAUUGACGAGCAAAUUGCGGGAGAGAACAGGGCUCGACGACGUAUACGUCUGCGCUCGGAGUUGGCAAGACCAGAAUGUGUUUGUUCCUCUCCACGAGGAGGUGCCUUCCAUGUUGGAGUGCACUCAUCAUCUGGUUGUGUUCAAUGCAAACUCCAGAGGGGCAUAUGAGUCGCUCGCUGGGGCGCGAGUAGUCCGCCUGCGGACCAUCCACGACAAGUACCUUACGGUGGACGACGACAUGCUUGGGCUGAGGCAGCAGCACGACGGUUCCUUGGUGCGCACCUGGUGGAGCGUCGAGAGAAUCACCGACAACAGAAACCAGCUCCGACUCCGCUUCCAGAACUGCUUCGGCGUCGACCUUGCCGCUCCCCUGUCCGACUUCUUCUUGCAGCGUCUGGCCGGCGGCAAGGAUGCCUCUGCGGUCCUCCGGCAGAUCCGCGGCCUGCACGACGCUCGGAAGGAGUGGGCGCUGAUCCGCGUGGGCUCCCGGUUCAUGGUCAGGUGCAACUUCGAGGACUACUUCCUGUGGGCCGACCCCUUGCCGGGGAGCGACGCGGCGGGUGUCCAACUCCCGUCCUCGUCCAACACCUUGGACCCGUUUCUGUGGGACGUCGAAAUCCUCGAGAGCGAUGCCGGCGCCUCCUCGUCCAUGGUUGUCGGACCCUCCUCCUCCCUGGCCGCCGCCGAAGCCGGGCCCUCCUCACGACCAUAG